UGACUGAUUUCUGACUGGUGACAGUGCAAAUUUGUAGCUUUUUGUUGUAACUAAGAAUCAUUAAACUUUCGUAAAAUAAUUGUUAAGUUUAGGAUUACAUACCAUUACGUAUAUUAAAAUAGUUCAAAAUGCCUGACCAUUUAGGAGAUGAUAUGCGAAAAGUAAAAGAUGAUAAAGAGGAACCAGAAAAAGAAAUUAAAUCGCUGGAUGAAGGUGAUAUAGCACUACUAAAAUCUUAUGGGCAAGGCCAAUACACAAAAAUCAUCAAAGAGGUGGAGGAUGGUAUACAAACAGUAAUGAAGAGAGUUAAUGAACUAACAGGUAUCAAGGAAUCUGACACAGGCUUAGCACCUCCUGCUCUGUGGGAUCUUGCUGCAGAUAAACAGACUUUACAAAAUGAGCAACCACUACAGGUAGCAAGAUGCACUAAAAUUAUAAAUGCAGAUUCCAGUGAUCCAAAAUACAUAAUCAAUGUGAAGCAGUUUGCUAAGUUUGUUGUGGACCUCGCUGAUUCUGUGGCACCUACUGACAUUGAAGAAGGAAUGAGGGUUGGUGUGGACCGCAACAAAUACCAGAUCCAUAUACCACUUCCUCCUAAGAUCGAUCCCACAGUUACAAUGAUGCAGGUGGAAGAGAAGCCUGAUGUAACAUACAGUGACGUGGGUGGUUGCAAGGAGCAGAUUGAGAAGUUGAGGGAAGUUGUUGAAACUCCUUUGUUGCAUCCAGAAAAAUUCGUGAAGCUUGGUAUCGAACCACCUAAAGGAGUGCUUUUGUUCGGGCCCCCUGGUACUGGGAAGACACUGUGUGCCAGGGCUGUCGCCAACCGCACAGAUGCCUGCUUUAUAAGAGUUAUUGGUUCCGAGUUGGUACAGAAGUACGUGGGCGAGGGUGCCCGCAUGGUGCGCGAAUUGUUCGAGAUGGCGCGCAGCAAAAAGGCCUGUCUUAUUUUCUUUGAUGAAAUCGACGCUAUCGGCGGCGCCAGAUUCGACGACGGUGCUGGUGGUGACAAUGAAGUUCAACGGACCAUGUUGGAAUUGAUCAAUCAGCUCGACGGAUUCGAUCCACGCGGUAAUAUCAAGGUACUGAUGGCCACGAACAGACCGGACACCUUGGACCCGGCUCUCAUGCGGCCCGGCCGUCUCGACCGGAAAGUAGAGUUCGGCCUCCCGGACUUGGAGGGGCGAGCGCAUAUUUUCCGUAUCCACGCUCGUUCUAUGAGCGUUGAACGGGAUAUUAGAUUCGAUCUGCUGGCGCGGUUGUGCCCUAAUUCUACUGGUGCUGAAAUAAGGUCGGUAUGCACAGAGGCAGGAAUGUUCGCGAUCCGCGCCCGUCGCAAAGUCGCCACUGAGAAGGACUUCCUGGAGGCAGUCAACAAAGUCAUAAAGUCAUACGCAAAGUUCUCGGCCACGCCGCGUUACAUGACCUACAACUAAUUAUAGCAUUAUUUCUAUCACUGUAUUUCCUAUAAUAAAAUAUAUAG